AUGAAUAUCACCACCGCGACAUGCGACCCCGCUACAAACGAAACCGCUGCCAUCAGUUUCAUGCAAGAAACGGUAUCCAACUGGCUAUGGCGGACGGUUCCUCUAAUUAUAUUAUGUACGGGAUUGCUAGGCAACGCGUUGACGGUGCGCGUGCUGACACGACUCGGUACCGCGCGCCAGCCAACAUUAACGUUUCUCCUAUUCCUCGCUAUAACAGAUACCGUCGUUUUGUUGACGGGACUACCACGCUACUGGAUUUCAUACACAUUCGACAACGAUAUUCUACUCAUCAGUAACGCCGGCUGCAAGUUUUAUUAUUUCUUCAUCUACUCGUCAAUGCAGUUCUCUUCAUGGAUCCUCGUUGGAGUCUCCGUAGAACGGGUUGUAAAAACGUAUUUUCCGUUCCGUUAUAAGCGUUUGUAUACCACUAAACGGGUGAAAAUAGUACUAGUAAUUACGUUGUUUAUCUUAAUUUUAGUUAACGUCCAUUUCUUUUUCACGAAUGGUAUCAAUGACUUCACUGCAGGCAAUUGUACAUCUUUGACACAAGAGUUUUCAUGGUUCAACGAAUACGUGUUCGUUUAUGUCGAUCUCGGAGUAUUAAGCAUAGUUCCCUUCGCCAUCAUUCUAAUUUCAAACGUUUUUCUAGUCCGAAAACUAAGAAAAUAUCAGAAAAAACGCUCUUCCAUGAUGCAUGAAAGGUAUGUCCAGAACGCCAACAGGUUCAGUGUGCGCAUGACAAAGAUGCUCCUGGUGUGCACGAUAUACUUUUUAGCGGCCACAGCGCCGAUCAGCAUUUACUUCGUGGUCGAUUCGUACCUCCUACAUGGGUUCGAAGAGUCUGGCGACAAAGCUUCAGUGGCCAAGAUGCACCUUGCCAAGACUACAACAUACCUGUUCAACUACUCCAACUACUGCGUUAACUUCUAUUUGUACACCGCCAUGAACGACCGCUUCUCUCAUGAGCUCCGGUCCGUCCUCUGCUGCAAAUCAAGCGGCCGCCGAUGGAGCAGUGCGUACAGCAUCCGUGAAGGGAGCAGUUACCCGGGAGAGUCUAGCAGACAUGGUCUUGAGUUGGAAUCGGAAACCACGGCAACUGUUGUGUCAGACUCUAUAAAUAGCCAUCCGUCGCACUUCAAGCUAGAACAGACAUACAUCGAGCAAGAACAGUCACACAUCGAGCUAGAACAGUCACACAUCGAGCUAGAACAGUCACACAUCGAGCUAGAACAGACAUACAUAGUGCUAGAACAGUCACACAUCGAGCUAGAACAGUCACACAUCGAGCUAGAACAGUCACACAUCGAGCUAGAACAGUCACACUUCAAGCGGUUUUCAACUCACGUUUUAAGUCAUCGAGCCUUGUUGGCAUUUGCAGGGGUGUUACAAUGUGACAUUUGUAAUCAUGAGAAGCAUAUGUUGCAAUGUACGCAUACAAUGUGA